UCCAUUCAAAGUGAUCUCUUUUUGCUUGAAAGGGGUUUGUAUCAAGUAAGAACGGAUAACCCAUAUCCAGAAAUUCCUUUUUCUUCUCCAGAGAUGUUACACAGUCUGCCCUUACCGGAAAUGUGGACCUUUGACGGUACUGACAUGACUGUGUUUGAGAGACAACAGGCAAGGAUGGAAUGGCUGCAGCAACAAAAUCAUGUUGUUGAAUUGAGUUCAAAUUCUGUGUCCCAGUUUCAAGGUUUCAUUAGCAGCAGUUUUCAUGCUGAUGGAGUGGAGUUUGGUGCCAGUAAGAUGGGUUUUGUGGUACCAGAGGCUGCAGUGGAUCACUCUGCUUCUUGGAGUUCUGGAAGCACUGCUGCAGCCAUGGAGACGGUGACCAUGAAAGCGGAAGGAGAAGAUGUGGUUUUGAUGGAGAAAAUGGAGUCCAAAGCAAAUAAGAGAAAAGCAGAGACUGCUGCAGAAGAGAAGGGUAAACAAAAGAGAAAUAGAGGAGAGGGAGGACUGGGAUCAGAUAUAAAAGCAAAUUGCAGUGCAGAAAUUUCAGCAUCUACUUCUUCAAAGGAAAAUUCCAAGGCAUCCAAUGUUCAGAAGCCUGACUACAUUCAUGUACGGGCACGGCGUGGCCAGGCCACUGACAGCCACAGCUUAGCAGAAAGAGCCAGGAGAGAAAAGAUCAGUAGGAAGAUGAAGUGUUUACAAGAUUUAGUACCAGGAUGCAAUAAAGUCACUGGAAAAGCAGGAAUGCUUGAUGAAAUAAUCAACUAUGUUCAAUCUCUUCAAAGACAAGUUGAGUUCCUGUCUAUGAAACUUGCUACUCUAAAUCCAAAUCUAGAAUUCAAUAUUGAUAACUUCGCUGCAAAAGAGUUUCCUGCUUAUAUCCCCAAUUUUCCAGCAGCGGCUAAGUUGCCAGCAAUGACCAAUCUGGCCAGCCUUCAGUUUUUCCUUGCACAACAAGGAUCCACAAGUUGCAUGCUAGAGGUGCCAAUGCAUACCCCUCAAGCAGAAAUUGGAGGAAACUCAAGUUCCUCUCUAUCCAUCCCCCAGCAGGCUCUCAACUCAUCCUGUGUUCCACAACUCCAACCCUUUUCAACUUGGAAUGCGGAUUCACAAGGCCUUCACAGCGAGUGCAAUAUGGGGUUUCAGUAAAGCACUGGCAUUCACCUUUGUUUAUUGCAGAACUAUCAACUAAUAUUCAACCUCCCACGAUGCCUGCUGCAUUUUAUUUCCAUAUAUGAGGGUUUCACAAGCAGAAUCAUCUUCCAUCAGCAGCUUUCCUCGUCUGUUUACAUUAUAUGGGACAGAAUAUAGAACUUAUGAACUGGUUUUGCAGGCAUCACUCACAGCAAGAAAUGUAAUUUUGGAUACCAUUCCCCCAGCAAACCAUUUUUGCUAGAUGCAUAGUCAAUUGUUAAUCUAUCAUGAUUUUUUUAACAUGUUUGCUGAGUAUCACUGUAUAAAUGACAAGUUGUGUCCAUCGUAUAUUGUCAGCAUCUUUUCAGUUUCCAUUAUAAAAUGAAUCUUGAUGUCUUAUUGGAAUGUGAAUGAGGAGAAGAAGGGUAAGAGGACCACAACCAAUUGCUACCAUUAAAGUUGAUAGGAACAGAAAAUGACGGGAAUUUUGGUUGGAAACAUUAGAUCAUUGUGGGGGUAUGAGGGGUAAUGUAAGUGAAAAUGAAAGGGGAAGACAGUA